AUCAUUCAGUAGUUCGCAAGACUCCAGCCAAAACAUGUACAAGUUCCUGCUGAUCGCUGCCCUUCUGCCGGCCGUUGUCUUCGGACAGAGUACCCCCUUCCGGCAAUGCUCAAGCGGAGCUCCGGUUCCAUCGAACGUCUACAUUGAGGGCUGCACGGCACUGCCGUGCACCGUCGUUUCCGGUGGAACCCUAGUUGCUCAUGGAAACGGAAUCACCACGCCAGUAGCCACCGCUUCGGUGACUGCCCACAUCGUUGCUCGUGUUCUUGGACUGGAUGUUGGAUUCGAAAUUCCGGAUGGUCUGCGUGAUGCUUGCGCCGUUGGCAUCAGUGGAGCUACCUGCCCACUGGCUGCAGGAACAACUUUCGACUACACUCUGAACUACUCGAUGGAGCUGCCGCUGGUCGGCAUCACCGCCCAGGUUGAGGUCGGCCUCACGGCUGCCGACGGAACUGCCAUCACGUGUAUUGAAAUCGAUGCCACCAUUAUCGCCGGAUAGAUAGCAUAAUAAAACCAAGGAUUUAUGAGCUAAUGAACUAAAUUUUAUGUUUACAU